AUGAAGCUAACAUUGUCUGGUGCACCAGACGCGGUUGGAGAGGCCCGGGAAGCAGUUGAUAGUCUGUUCAAAAAAGAAGAAUGGACCAUGCCCUCUGCGGAUGUGUUUGCGUCCAAACACAGCAUGUCUCGCAGUGGCAAGGUGGAUGGGGAAGGCCUCUCUGCUGAAAAAGCUGGUGCUCGCCGCGAUGGAAAGAUUGCAGAGAUCAUGCAGCUCACGGACAUGGAUUCGGCUUUUAUCCUCGGCCGCGGUGGAAAGACAAAGCACAAGAUCGCUCGAGUCUCUGGAGCUUCACUGGAGCUGCAUGAGCACAACUGCACAGUAGAGAUCGUUGGACCCGAACCAGAACGUCGGCGAGCGAGAAAGUACAUCAAUUUGGUGCGAGCACAGCGCGUGGGUCCUGUGCAUGUCACUAUGGAACACGAUGAUGGGGAUUUGACCAUGAUUCCCGUGCCUUCCAGCUGUGUGGGCUUUGUCACUGGAUCGCAGGGCAACUUCCUGAGGACCUGCGAGGAGGAAUGGAGCACCUUGAUGUUCUUUUGCGACUAUCAAGGUCCUGGAGGCAAUGAAGAUUCUGAAAACCUCGCCAUCUUCGGUACCCGCGCAGGGCGCACUGGAGCUGAGCUGAAGGUCAUGGCGGCCAUUGAGGCGAAACUGCCGUCGUACUUUACAAAGGACCUGACAGACGAGUCUUUCUCCUCCACAGAUUGGGGCCGCGAUACCAUCCCCUUGGAAGAUGAAGAGCUGUCCUUUGCGCUGGGAAAGGAUGGCUCCACGAGGAAAAAACUUGCCAAAGCCAGUGGCUGCAUAAUAGAGUAUGUGGGCAAUGUGGCGUUCUUGGCUGGCUCCCUCCCUGCAAGAAGGCGAGCGAGAGAAUACUUGUCCUGGCUCCUGAAGCAGCGGACGGGAACGGUGUAUGUUGACAUACAUGGCCGAAAUGACGUCACAGCGGUGGAGAUUCCUCCAGAUCUAGAGGCAGUGGCCAGCUGUUUCAAAAGUAUGACUCUCAGAGGAAUCGAACAGGAGACCAAGACCUUUUGUUUCUUGGAGGGCAACAGCAACAAGUCUCAGAGGCUCUUGAUCUUUGGCCAUGACAAAGCAGGGAGAGAAAAGGCACAGACCAUUGCGUUCGCCAAGAUAGAGGAACGUGUCAGGACUUCUGGGAUGAACGGGGUGAUGGAGAAGCGGAAGGUGAUGAUUCAGACUGGGCCAAAUGGCGAAGAUCCUGUCAUUGAGGACGUGGAGAAUGUAAGUGGCACAAAGCUGACGCUUUCAAAGGAUAAGGCAAUGGUUCAGAUCACUGGCAGUUCAGACAAAGUUGCGCAGGCGAAGCGCCUGCUGCAACAGUUUGCUGACAAGUUCGUCACAUGCCACUACAUCCGGCCAAUGCCAUGGAUCUCCACAGCAGAGGUGGACGAGCAGAAAGAUCUGCCAGAAAGCACCUCAAGUCGCAUCCAGAGUGACUGCACACUGAAAAGAGAGAAGGUGAUCCACGACCUCUAUCGUGACCAUGGUUUGGAAUUGGAUCAAGUCUCCGGUGCACAGUUGGAGCUGCACGAGCGGAACAGCACUGUCGAAAUUUAUGGUGAUGAUGAAAGUCGGCACAGGGCUCGGAAGUAUAUCGACCUGGUCCGUGCUCAGCGGAUUGGCCCUGUGCACGACUUGACGUUGAUCUCUGUGCCCAGCAGUUGUGUGGGUUUUGUGACAGGGAGCCAGGGCAACUUUUUGCGUACGUGUGAAGAGGAUUUGCAUCUGGGCGCCUGUGCAUGGAACAGCUGGUGGUGAUGUGAUUCUGGCUCACUGCUUUGGACUGAAGCAAUCGGAAAUGUUUGGCUUGGCGGCUUGGCACCCACUACGAACUUGUGAAAAAGCAUUGAUUGAAAAUUGCGCUCUGCCAGCAGGACGGCUUGUGAGCUGGCAAUUUGUGUAGGACAUGUGUGAGAUCAGAGAGGUUCUACUGGAUCUGAUCGCUAUCGUCAGCUAGAGGGAUCUCCUCGGCUCGUG